AUGUUUAAGAUAUCUAAAACCUUACGAGGCCAUUCGAAUGAUGUCCGUGGCUUGACUGUUGUCGAUGAUACUAUAAUUUCAUGCUCAAGAGAUGGUACUGUCAAGAAAUGGCUGGGUAAAAUUCCUUCUACUGUUCUCAAUUCGUCAGCUGGUUCAUUUAUCAAUGCUAUUGAUAAUAUUGGAUCAGGUUUGAUUGCAAGUGGUGGUAAGGAUUGCAUUAUAUUUAUCAACUCAAUUGAUGACACAGAGGUGGAUGUGGGUACCAUAUCCAAUCUAAUUGGUCAUCAGAACAACAUUUGUUCCCUUUUUUCAAAGAAUAACUUAUUGAUAUCGAGUAGUUGGGAUGGAACUGCUAAAGUUUGGGAUGUUUCCAAUUUCGAAACCAUUUACACUUUAGACAAUGGAAAUUCUGUUUUGGAUGCCAUAAUUGUAUCACCAACUACUUUUUUGACCUGUUCUUCAGACAAGUUGAUUAAGUUGUGGGAUAAAGAUAAGGUUAUUCAAACUUUUCUGGGUCAUAAAGAUGUGGUUAGGAAGAUUUUACCUUUGGACGAUCAAACUUUCGCCUCUUGUUCAAAUGACGGUACAAUCAAAAUUUGGAAUUAUCAAGGACAAGUACUUCACACUUUGUCGGGCCAUGAGUCUUUCAUUUACGACAUGGUUUUACUACCAAAUGGAUAUUUAGUUAGUUCCAGUGAGGACAGAUCUGUAAGAAUCUGGAAAGACUUUCAAUUACUUCAAGUGAUUACUUUACCUUCGAUUUCUAAUUGGUGUUUGUCGAAUGUUGGCAAUGAUAUUGUAGUAGGUACAAGUGAUAAUUCUAUUCGAGUUUUCACGUCGGAUACUGACAAAGUUGAUAUCGAGGAAGUAAAAGAGUUAGAAGAAGCGAUCAAGAAUUCAACUAUUGCUGAGCAAUCUUUGGAUAUAAACAGAACUGAUGUUCCUGGUUAUGAUAGAUUAGAACAACCAGGUAAAGAAGGUCAAACAAUCAUGGUCAAAAAUCAUGUUGGUACCAUCGAAGCUCAUCAAUGGUCGAACAAUCAAUGGAACAAAAUAGGGGAUGUUGUUUCUGCUUCUGGCUCAGAGAAAAAGACGCACAAUGGAAAACAAUAUGACUACGUUUUUGAUGUUGAUAUUGAAGAUGGCAAACCUCCAUUGAAAUUACCAUUCAAUGUUACCGACAAUGUUUAUGAUACAGCAGAAAAAUUCUUAGCUGACAACCAACUUCCAAGUACUUACACACAAGAAGUGGUUAACUUCAUUCAAAAAAACACACAAGGUCAUAGUAUCACCGAAUCUGCAGCCGACCCAGUGAUCACCAACGAUGUAGGUGCCAGUUCACCAAAUAAAAAAGCCAAAAGACCCCUCACCAUCCUUCCAGUUACAGAAUAUAUCAAAUUUAAUGAGUUUAAGAACGACCAAUUAGUUAAAGGGUUAACUAAAUUUAACCAAUCCAAUGGCAACAGUAUCGAUGUUCCUUUCACAUUUGAAGUCUCCAGUAAAGAGUCUCUUGAAAUUAUCAACACUAUAGUUAAGGAGAUAUUCACAUGGGAUGAAUCUAGUUAUGUCAUUGGAUUUGAUAUAUUGAGAGUACUCGUGCCAAAAUUAGGAAUCUCCGACAUCAUAAGCGAUGAAGACUUGCCACGAUUAAUCUUGGCUUUCAUCGAGAAAGGAAGCAAAUCAGAAAAUCCAACUUCAUUGAUGAUGCUUCUCAAAUUCCUUUGUAAUUUGGUUGACACCGUCUUAUUCAUUCAAAUAUUCUUAACUGAGGAUGGUGAUAUACAAUUCAAUCAUUAUUUGAUAGAUUUGUUAUCAGAGUUAAAAGAUAAGUUAGAUUCUUUAAAAGAACACAAACAUGCAAGUCAAUUUUUGACCAAUUUAUCCACUUUUGUGUAUGAUUUGUCAGUAUUACAAUUAAAGAAAUCAAUCACUAGUUUGGAUCUUUGUAUAUUUUUUGGAACCAACAAAUUGAAUGAAAAUAGUGAGUCCUUAUAUAGAUUAGCUAUAGCCUAUGGGAAUUUGAAAACAAUGAAUUUAAAAACACCCAACUGGAAAUUCAAAUCCAAUGAAUCUAGAUUUGAUUCUUUGAUAGAAGAAAUAGGACUGCUCAGUUGA